AUGACGACGCAAACUCCGAUAUCCCUCGACGAAGAAGUCAGACUGUACACCUCCAACGCCGAACGAGAGAAAUACAACCUCCUGGCUACGUUAUUCGGCAUCAUCGUGGCGUUGGAUUAUCUGGAAAGGGCGUAUGUUCGCGAUUCGAUAACAGCCGUUGAGUACUCGCCGGCAUGCACCCGGCUGCUAUCGCAGUACAAGACCAUGUUGAAAUUGGUAGAAGACGACGUACCCUCCAUUGAGGAGUUUAUGGCCAGCUAUCGGAUGGACCACCCUGCAGCCCUGCACCGCAUCCGAGUCGGUGUACCAGCGACUGUAGAGCACUCGAGUGAAGCAGGACCCGAAACUGCCAAAUGGGUCGCUGCGACCACCCAGAGCUUUAUCACUCUCAUGGACGCCCUCAAGCUUAACAUGCGGGCUAAAGACCAGCUACACUCGCUCCUCCAAGAACUCGUUACAGGCUUCGCCCGUUUCAAAGGGAGCAAAGAUUGGGAAGGGAGGAGUAAGAUGGUUUCAUGGCUGAUCACAUUGAACGGCAUGAAAGCAUCAGAAGAGCUCACUGAAGAACAAGCACGCCAGUUCUUCUUCGACGUCGACCACGCCUACGCAGAGUUCUUCCGCAGCUUGGGAGGUGGGAAGGACGACGAUCCGUCGUAA